AGUUCGUACCUAGAACUUCUUCAUCGUCAGUCUUAUCGUUCAGAUAUCACCAGUGUUUAUCAAUCAACGAUCGUCAAAAACUUUUGUAGAAAUAGAAACCACCUUUUAUUAUUCAACUCUAACUUUUAAAAGUAUUCAUACUCUCCUCUAACAGAGUUUGAGGAUAUCCCAUACUUUCAGCGGCGGUCUCUUUUCACCUAAAUCGGCUGUCAUCUCAUUCCAAAAAUAAAAAAAUCCGGCUCUCGCUUCUCAAGAACAAAUAUGAGUUUCGACUACAAACAAACCGAUUUUGAGACUGGCGCCGAACAUUUGGGAAAUGGAAGAUCAUGGACGUGUUGGGGAAAAACACGAUUCUUGAUUUUAUUUAUUGGGCUGAUAUGUAUCACAUGCACCAAUGCCAACAUGAUUCUGAUGAAUUUUACAGUCAUUUGCAUGAAUGACGUCAUCAUUGAGCAAAAAUCCUUUUCAAAUCAAACACACUGGCUAGAAAAAUCAUCCGAUAUUUCAUUGACAUUCUCUGCCGCAGCAGUCGGAGCGAUUUUUGGAACAGUUCCAGCAGUAACCUUAAUUUCAAAAUAUGGAAUACGAAAAGUUCUAACUGUUUAUGGAUUAUUAUCAGCAGGAGGAACACUUUUGAUGCCAUUAGCAGUGAAUUAUGGAUUAAUUCCAGUACUUAUAGCUAGAUUGUUUCAAGGAGUUGGUGCAUCGAUUCUUUAUUCUUCAAUUGGAACAAUUUCUGAAUCAUGGAGUCCAAUCAAUGAAAUUGGAACUUUUGUUGCCUUUUUAUCAUCUGCGUUUCAGAUCAGUAACAUUGUAACCAUGCCAACAGCUGGUUUCCUUUGCGAAUCCUCACUUGGAUGGAAAUCAAUUUAUUAUAUUUUCGGAGGCAUUACAGUAAUCUUUUACAUUAUAUUCUUAUGGUACUAUAACGAUACUCCAAAUGAUCACAAAAAUGUGAGUUCUACGGAGUUGAGAACUAUUCGUGACGGAAAGAUUUUUGAAUCUUCAAAACAUCGACCACAAAAUGUGAAAUUUACUCAAAUUUUUAAAAAUUGGGAAGUUUUUGAGAUCAGUUUAGCGAUUGUUGGUGGAAGUACUUCAGUUAUUUGUUUGAAUAACUAUGGACCUAUUUAUUUGAAUAAAGUACUUGGUUUAAACAUUCGUGAGACAGGAUAUUCAAAUGCAAUUCCAUAUUUCUUCGCGGCAAUUGUCAAAUUUGCCGCAGGACCAGUAACUGAUAAAUUGGCUCAUAUCAGUGAAAGAACCAGACUUUUCAUUUUUGCAUUGAUUCCUCAAUUAGUGAUGGCAAUUGGAUAUUUAAUAAUGUCAUUUACUGAUCACGUGAUUAUCGCUCAGCUGGCAUAUACAAUUUCAGUUAUUUUGGCAGGAUUGAAUGUUAUUGGAAUGGUUAAAUGUGCACAAAUAGUUGCAGAAAAACAUUUAACAUUGAUAAUGGCAGUAAUAUCAAUGAGCUCAUGGGUUUCUGCAUUUAUUCUUCCAAUUGUUAUUGGAGUUAUAUGUCCUACAAAUUCGCAUGCCGAGUGGUCCAGAUUCUAUCUUUUUGUAGCUUUCUUCGUUGUUUGUACUAAUCUACCAUUCCCGUUUUUGGCACGAGUUAGCAAAAGAACGAAAGUGGCUCCCGAAAUAAAAUUCUGAAAAUAGC